UGCUCUUCUCGGCUAUAUUCCCCUUCGUCACAAAAUACCCCUUCUCUCCUUCCCUCUCUGAAGAACGCUCGCUCUCUCUCUCUCUCUCUCUCUCUAGAUUCUUUUGGGCCGGAAUUUGUAUCAGAAUUUGAUCAAGUUUUUCUGCUUCUGAAAGGCACGGUAUAAAGGCUUUGGACUUGGGUAGAAAACUCAUAUUAGCAUGAGUUCUCGGGCGGCCAGGGGGGCUCCUGUAAGAGGGUACCGUCGUCGGAAGACGGUACUGGACUUAGACCUCAACACUGCACCACCAAGUGACAAUCGGGAUCUGGAGGGGACUUCAAUCCAGGUGGAGCAUAAUGGAAUUCAAGGGCGGUCUGCGCUACCUGCUAUGAUUGAUGUUGAGGCCAUUGAUGACGAUGUUGUUGAAUCCUCCCCGAGGGCUUUUGCUCAGGCCAAAAACAAUUCCAGAAGGAAUGGUGGAAGGGCUGUUGUGGAUGUGGAUCAAGAAGAAAGGACUAGGGUUGCCCAGAAUAACCGUAACAAGCGAAGAAGAGAUCUACCCAACCAAACAAUUAUUAAUUGUGAUUUAUACAUAAAUUUGGAAAGCAGCAGUAACUCUACGGAUCCAAACAAGCUGCUGCUGAGUGAAAGGGGAAAUGGAACAAUUGUUUCGGCUUGUUGGUACACAAUUGUUUAUACUCCUAACAAUUGUCUGAAAAUAUGAUGCAGUUCAAGCUAAUAUACCUCAUGAAAUUGGUGGGUUUUGGUCAAGAGCAAAGCAAUAUAUGUUUGGAGUACGUGUCAAGAACAAAGUUAUUUUUACUUUAUUGUUGUCCUGAGACACUUUGUGUCUGUUAGUGUAGACGCUGCCUGGCUUAGGUGUUGAUGGGGAAUUAGUGUUUGGGACUGGACGGUCUAUAGGGAAAUAUUAGGUUAAAUGAUAUGAAUACACCGAGGUUGAGAGUAAUUUUAAUGGUCCUUUCCUCAUUGGGUUGUAAGUGAGAAACAACAGUUAUUAUAUAUGUUAAUGAUCAGCAGUGGGAGCUAUCCUGUUUCUUU